GAGUUUCGUUGCCUCCGCCCAAAACAGCAGUGUAUUUCCACAGCUAAGAACCUUAUGUAUAACCAAAAUGAGUAUUGAUAUAAGGAACAAAUCUGAGAAAAUCACUAAGCUGCAUCUGCUACAUCGUUUCCAGGAAUAGCCAUUGUUGCCUGGGAAGCUGCAGCUUCUCUCAUGUGACCAUGGAGGGGAAGAGGACAAGGCCGCGGCAAACUGGGCAAGAGAAAUGGGAAGACAACCACUGCUCAAUUCAUCUGUCAUGAAGCCAUGUUUCAGCUCCGUGGAAUACUUCAACGUGGGAACUACCUCCAGAAGCCGAGCAGCAGCUGCUUUGCCACCGAACUUCUACUGGUCAAGCUUUUGUUGACUGGAGAAACAUGGAGGAUGGUAAUUGAUACAACUAGUAGAAGAAAACCUGUUAUUCUGAUUGACCAAGAAUUAUGGAAGAAAGAAGAGAAACGUGGUUAUGAUCCACGGCCGCUCAGUGCAGUUACAGCAGUUCUCCGAAUGGCGAAGGAGAACAGUGGAUCGCCAAAGCCUCAUCACCUAGCAGAUUCCAGGAAGAAGAGACUCACGUGGAUUCUCGGUGUCAGCGGACUCUGCAUAUUGUUUUACGUUCUCGGUGCGUGGCAAAACAACACCAUCCCCACCUCUCCAUCAGAGGUUUACUCAAGAGUGGGAUGUGAUAAUCAAUCCCCGCCUUCAUCCUCAUCUUCUUCCAGUUCGUCAUCCAGACCAGCUGAGUUUGAUUUUGACAGCCAUCAUCAGCCCAAUCUCAAGGAAACGAGCCCAUCCGAUAAGCAAUUUCCGCCAUGUGACAUGUCGUUCAGCGAAUAUACUCCAUGCGAGGAUCGGCAGAGAGGGAGAAGAUUCGAUAGGAACAUGUUGAAGUACAGGGAGAGGCAUUGUCCUACGAAGGAUGAGCUUAUGUAUUGUCUUAUCCCUCCUCCUCCAAAAUACAAGAUUCCGUUCAAGUGGCCCCAAAGCCGAGACUACGCUUGGUAUGACAACAUUCCCCACAAGGAACUCAGCAUUGAAAAGGCUAUCCAAAACUGGAUUCAAGUAGAGGGUGACCGUUUUAGAUUCCCUGGUGGGGGCACUAUGUUUCCACGUGGAGCCGAUGCUUACAUCGAUGACAUUGCUCGGCUCAUUCCUCUUACUGAUGGAGGCAUCAGGACAGCUAUUGACACGGGUUGUGGAGUUGCAAGUUUUGGAGCGUACCUCUUGAAGAGGGAUAUUAUUGCCAUGUCAUUUGCGCCAAGAGACACUCACGAAGCGCAGGUCCAAUUUGCGCUUGAACGGGGAGUUCCUGCAAUAAUCGGCAUAAUGGGAUCAAAGCGGCUUCCUUAUCCAGCUAGGGCCUUUGAUCUUGCUCACUGCUCCCGUUGUUUGAUUCCUUGGUUUAAGUACGAUGGUUUGUACCUGAUUGAGGUGGACCGGGUUCUGAGACCGGGUGGCUAUUGGGUCCUUUCGGGUCCUCCGAUUCACUGGAAGAAGUACUGGAGAGGCUGGGAAAGAACCGAGGAAGAUUUGAAGCAAGAGCAAGAUUCUAUAGAAAGCGUGGCCAGGAGCCUUUGCUGGAAAAAAGUGACCGAAAAGGACGACUUGUCGGUCUGGCAGAAGCCUAUCAACCACGUUGAGUGCAAUAAGCUUAAGCGAGUUCAUAAAAAUCCACCUAUAUGCAACUCAGAGAAUCAAGAUUCUGCUUGGUACACGGACUUGGAACCGUGCAUAACAUCAUUGCCAGAGGCAAGUACUCCAGAGGAAUUCGCAGGCGGUUCAUUGGAGGACUGGCCCGACAGAGCAUUCUCUGUCCCGCCCAGAAUCAACCGGGGAACGAUACCGGGAAUCAACGCGGAGAAAUUCCGAGAGGACAACGAAGUAUGGAAGACAAGGGUGGCACACUACAAAAAGAUAAUACCAGAGCUGUCUCGUGGGAGAUUCAGGAAUAUAAUGGACAUGAACGCUGAUCUCGGGGGCUUUGCCGCAGCAGUGCUGAAGUAUCCUGUUUGGGUGAUGAAUGUGGUGCCUGUGCACUCGGAGAAACAGACUUUAGGUGCAAUCUACGAGCGUGGACUGAUCGGAACAUACCAAGACUGGUGCGAGGGUUUCUCGACAUAUCCAAGAACGUAUGAUCUUAUUCACGCCGGUGGGUUGUUCAGCUUAUACGCCAGCAGGUGCGACAUAACGCUGAUACUGCUGGAGAUGGACAGAAUAUUGAGGCCAGAAGGAACGGCUGUGUUCAGAGACGAUGUGGAGACACUGACGAAGAUACAGAGCAUAACGAACGGGAUGAGAUGGAAGAGCCGUAUUCUUGACCACGAGAACGGUCCGUUUAACCCCGAGAAGAUCCUUGUCGCCGUCAAAACUUAUUGGACCGGUGAUGAUCCCACUUCCCAGGAUCAUUCCAACUAGUUCCUCAAACCUUGGAACUCCCUCUUUUUGUUGUCUUUUUCAGUUAUUAUUAUAUUACCAUCAUUUGUGAAGAUGGAUGCAGGGAAACUAGAGUUAAUUUAGAAGGUCUCCACCUGAAAAGUACAAUUAUGGACCCCGUCUUUAGAUUGAAUAGAUUUUUUCCCCCUUUGUUCUGUAAAAGAUGUGGUGUAAUUCGUAAACUGAUCGUAUUUUUGUCAAAUAUACGAGAACACACGUGUCACAUACAUUGGGUGGGCAAUGGACGGUUCCUCUCAUAAGUUUUUGGUUCUC